AUGUCCAAUCCCUUUGGUGAGCCGCCCAAGGGCCUUAAUCUUGCGGAGAACAGCACGGGCAGAAAUGAUGCCGUUGUCGUUUGCAUGUAUACCCUGGCCUUUGUGACUAUUGGAUUUCGGUUGUUUUCCCGGAUAAAGAUCCAGCAGGCCAAUAUCGGGCUUGACGACUGGCUGAUAGUAGGAGCAUUGUUAUCAGGUACAGCCAACAUGGCCUGUGCAAUAGCCGGGGGGCACUAUGGUCUUGGGAAACAUGUUUGGGUAGUCACCCUGGAUGAAAUCAUUCACAUGGUGCAUUGGACCAUGUGGGCUUGCAUCGCCCUGUCCAUCGGCUACUGGAUAGGUUGCUCAGUCGCCUUUCUCUGCUCCUGCCAACCAAUCUCAUACUACUGGACGCAAUACGAGAAUCCCCUCGGCGGUUACGUCCGAUAUGAUCUUUACCCUUUCUACAUUGCUCACGCUGUCGUCAACAUGGCCGGGGACCUUCUCAUCCUUCUUGUUCCGAUUCCGCUAGUCUGGCGCCUGAAAUUACGAGUGGGACAGAAGAUCCAGAUCCUGAGCAUCUUCCUUCUCGGUGGCUUUGUUUGCGUCGCCAGCGCCAUCCGUAUAUAUUACUUCACCUUCAUCAACGACGUCGACGUCACCUGGAACCUGGGUAACGUUUUCAUUUGGUCGAGUGUUGAGCCGUCCAUCGGAAUCGUCUGUGCCUGUCUCCCCGUCCUCCAACCCCUGUUCCGAACGAUCAUCAACCGCCGGAGCUUGCCAAACCGAACCACCACAAAAGGUGUCCGCUUCGCACCAGAUAUCAUGAGCAAAAUCCAUGGCGAGGAUCGGAGACAGACACGAGAAGAUGAAGCCGUGUUAACGACAACCUCAGUUCACAUCGAAAUGGACGGUGUAGGCAAGGGGAGACUCAGCGACGAAGAAGAAGCCAUGGGGUACGAUUUAAUGUCUAUCAAGGUGCAGAAGGAUUUUCAAAUGGAGGAAGAGCAUCGUCGAUAA